AUGGUGGCUAGAAACCAUGCAGAUGUAGUAAGCACAAAUAUAUCAAAUGACAGUGAUAAAACUAUUGUUGAUCUUUCAGUAGCUUUAAAGGAGUGGGACAUUCCAUAUGAAGAGUUGAUUCAAGACGACCCAAUAGGCACGGUACGUUUUGGAACUUAUAUGUAUGUGUACAGGGGUCAGUGGCAUGGUGAUGUUGCUAUUAAGAUGUUAAACAUGGACCCAGACACAGACAACGCUGCACAACUGUCUGCAUUUAAAUUAGAGGUUGCAAUGCUGAGUAAAACACGUCACGAGAAUCUGGUAUUGUUUAUGGGAGCUUGUAUGAAACCUCCUCAUCUAGCUAUAGUAACUAGUUUAUGUCGAGGCAGCAUACCGUUUACAUUGUUACAUUUGCUGUUUCAGUUUAUGUCGAGGCAGCUCACAGUUUACAUUGUUACAUUUUCUGUUUCAGUUUAUGUUGAGGCAGCUCACAGUUUACAUUGUUACAUUGACUAUUUCAGUUUAUGUCGAGGCAGCUCACAGUUUACAUUGUUACAUUUUCUGUUUAUGUCGAGGCAUCUCACAGUUUACUUUAUGUCAAGGCAGCACACUGUUUACGUAAUUACAUUUACUGUUUCAGUUUAUGUUGAGGCAACUCACAAUUUACAUUUCUACAAUUACUGUUUCAGUUUAUGUCGAGGCAGCUCACUGUUUACAUUGUUACAUGUAAGAAAAGAGAAGUUUCAAAUGAGUAAAAGUAUCAUUAUAGCGCAGCAAGUGUCACAGGGCAUGGGAUACUUGCAUGCUAAAGGCAUUGUGCAUAAGGAUUUAAAGACAAAGAACAUCUUCUUUGACAAAGAUAAAGUUGUGAUCACAGAUUUUGGUUUAUUCAAUGUUACCAAACUCUGUCAUGCUAAUAGACAUUCAGAUCGCCUACAGAUCCCACCAGGUUGGUUGUGUUAUCUCUCUCCAGAGAUCAUCAAGUCCCUGCAGGCGGGGGCAGCCUAUGCUAACACUGAACUUCCUUUCUCAGAAAUGUCGGACGUUUAUGCGUUUGGCACUGUAUGGUACGAGUUGUUAAAUGGCAACUGGCCUUUUGAUCGUCAGCCUCCAGAGAGCAUCAUAUGGCAGGAUAUGUUGCUGGUAUAUUGGUCUUUCAAUCCGGAUGACAGACCCAGUUUUAGUCAGCUGCUGAAGAUCAUGGAACGGUUACCACGGAAACCAUUUACCCGAAGUCCGUCACACCCUAUACACCUUCUUUCACGUAGUGCUGACUCACUUCAUACAUCCUGGUAUGCAUAUGCUUUAGAUACAGUGAGGCUUGAAAAAUAUGUCAAUAAUUUAGAGAUUCCUACACUUUUUUAG